CCGCUUACAAACAACUGGCUUGCCAUCCCGUGGGUGUCCAUCGUGGCGGACCUGAAUCCGGAGACCAACGUCGUUCACUACUUUGAGGCCGUGGCUCUACCUUUUGGUGCGGUGAGCGCAGUGACGGGCUUUAAAAGGAUGGCCAGGGCGCGCCGAAAAGUCCUGUCGACCCUUUUCUUCUUGGUUACAACCAACUUCUACGACAACUUUUGUCAACUGGAGCUCGAACCUUUGCAGGAAUCUGCCAGGUCGACUGCCGAAGAGGCAUUGGACUUGCUCGGGUGGAGGAUUGCGCAGGGCGCCAAAGCCUUGCCGUUCGCAACUUCGUUCAACAUGUUGGGGGCCUGCAUCUCCUUUGAGAAAGCCUUCAAGGGAGACGUGUUAGUCCGCAACAAAGAAGGACGUAUUGAAUCCAUUAAGGAAGUGGUCCGUCGAUGCAUGAAGGCUCGGCGCUGCGACAACAAGCGAAUGCACUCCGUCAAGGGUAAGUUGCUGUUUGCAGCCGGGCACGUGUUCGGCAACAGUGCUCAAAUCGACCUAGGUGUGUGGGCGAAUGGUCACGACAACCUCUAG